AUGUUGUCGAUGCUGCUGUUCGGCCUCUCGCGCACUCUUGUCACUUUGAUUCUCAGUCGGGCGUUUUGUGGCUUGUUGAAUGGAAACAUUGGUGUCAUGAAGACUGCUCUGGGCGAACUGACCGACGCCACAAACCGUGCCGAAGCUUUCGCCCUGAUGCCUGCUGUGUGGGCUUUUGGUGCAACCAUGGGGCCUCUGCUUGGAGGAUCGUUAUCUCGGCCUGCUGACCGUUUCCCUGUCGUCUUUGCAAGCAACUUCUGGAAGAAAUUCCCAUACUUUCUUCCCUGCGUUGCAACGGCCAGCUAUGUCUUUGCUGUGUUGUUGAUCACGGGUCUCUUUUUCGAAGAGACAGUGCAGUGCGGAAAGGCAUCCUCGUGCUCUCCGUGUUCUUCGUCCUCAUCCUACAAAUUGCUCGUCGUCAAUUCCGACGAGGAACUCGACCCAGCAGAACGUCCCGUUUCGUUCCGUGGUCUCUUCACUUUCCCCGUGGUUAUUUCGAUAGCGAAUUAUGCCGCCCUUGGCUUCCUCAGUACAUCUGUUAACGCCCUGCUUCCCUUGUUCUUCCACACGCCGAUCGAACUUGGAGGUCUCAAUCUUGAUCCGGCACGGAUUGGCUACAUCAUGGGCGUAUAUGGUGCAGGCAUGGGCCUCUUUCAGAUGUUAUUCUUUGCAAAGAUCGUCAGACGCUGGGGCACGCGACGUGUGUUCAUCGUGUCAAUGGCGACGUUCGUACCCGUGUUCAUGCUCUUCCCGGUCGCCAGUUUGAUCGCGAAGAGAUGGGGCCUUGGCUGGGGUCUGUGGGUCGCUGUAGGGCUUAUUCUCUUUUUGCUGUUUAUCAUGGACACUGCUUUCGGUUGUAUCUUUAUGUACGUGACGGAGUCAGCGCCAAACCGUCGCUCGCUUGGUGCUACAAACGGCCUCGCACAAACGACGGUUUCCUCUGCACGCGCAGUAGGACCGGCACUCACAACCUCUCUCUUCUCAUUCUCCGUCCAGAAGAAUCUUUUGCAUGGCCACGGAGUCUACGUUGUCUUGGCCAUCUUCUCUUGCGGCGCUGUCUAUCUCGGAACGUUACUUCCUCACCGGAUCUGGAGCAAACAGGUUGGUUCAGAAGAUGCAUCCGACAGCGAGUACUAG